AUGUACUUUGUGGACUUUGAGAAGGCAUUCGACUACGUCCCUCAGGGAAUCCUUGGUGGACAAGGGGCCGCCUCUUCUGCACAGCUGUUUGCAGCUCCUUCUGAUGUUGUCAUGGAGUCUGUAGACACACCUCUACGGAGACAGGAAACUUCAGGUGGGCUCAGCAAAAACCUCAACUUGAAGAGUGGUAAUCCAGACAACAAGAACAACAUGGGAGCAGUGCAAGAAGAACAAGAGUCCAACCAAGGAGUCACAAUGACUGCACCAAAAAGUGAAGAUGGAGCAGAAAAGGUGGAGAAGUCUGAGGUUCAGGCUAUCAUUGAGUCUACCCCUGAGCUAGACAUGGACUUUGAUGGCUGCAGAGGAACCAGUACUCCAACUAAAGAUGGCAUAGAGAAUCUGGCAUUCAACCGCAACACAGACUCUUUGUUUGAGGAGCUGUCGUCUGCAGGAAAUGACCUCGUAGGAGACGUGGAUGAAGGAGCUGACCUACUGGGUAUGGGUCGAGAGGUUGAACACCUCAUCCACGAGAACACCCAGCUGCUGGAAACGAAAAACGCUUUGAAUGUGGUGAAAAAUGACCUGAUCACUCAAGUAGAUGAGCUGUCAUGUGAGACGGAGGUUCUGCGAGGAGAGCUGGAUGCUGUCACUCAGGCCAAGACCAAACUAGAGGGGAAGAACAAAGAGUUGGAAGAGGAACUCAAGAAAGUUAAAGCAGAACUGGAGGAGAUCAAACACAAGCUCAAGAAUGACAACGAGAACGAUAGUGAUGUGCCCACAGCUCAGAGGAAACGCUUCACCAGAGUGGAGAUGGCCAGAGUCCUGAUGGAGAGGAACCAGUAUAAGGAGAGGCUGAUGGAGCUUCAGGAAGCUGUCAGGUGGACAGAAAUGAUCCGAGCUUCAAAGGAGAAUCCAACCCUUCAAGAGAAAAAAAAAUCCAGUCUCUGGCAGUUGAGCCGUUUGUUUAGCUCAUCGGGUGGAGCAAGCAAGAAACCAGCAGCCGAGGCCCCGGUGAACGUCAAGUACAACGCACCCACUUCCCAAGUCCAGCCCUCCGUCAAGAAGAAAAGCAGCACCCUGCAGCAGCUUCCCAGUGACAAGAGCAAAGCAUUUGAUUUCCUCAAUGAGGAAGCGCCAGCUGACAGUGUCACAUCGAGGCGAGAACAGAAGCGAGCUCAGUACAAACAGGUCAGAGCUCACGUUCAGAAGGAGGACAGCCGGGUGCAAGCAUACGGCUGGAGCUUACCCAAGAAAUACAAAGUCAGUGGUGCUCAGGCAGAGAGCAAGAUGAAGAAUCUACCUGUUCCUGUCUUCCUCAGACCUUUGGAUGAAAAAGAUCCUUCUAUGAAGCUGUGGUGUGCUGCUGGUGUGAAUCUGUCUGGAGGGAAAACCAGAGAUGGGGGGUCCAUAGUGGGGGCCAGUGUGUUUUACCAUGACUCAUCAGGCCCAGAGUGUCCUAAAAAGAAGACCGGAUCUCAAAGUAGCCUUGAUAAAUUGGAUCAAGAACUUAAAAUGUCCCUGUUUGCCUCCACCUUGGUAUCCUGCCCACUCGAAGACAUCGCUCCAGGCACCGUGGAAAACGGGCCGGCCGGCUUGUCGAGUCAGGCUUCCACAGCAGACCUGUUGGCCUUGGCUGUGCUUCCAAUCGUUGGAGUCACCGGUCGAUCUCCACAAAUCUGA